UAGCUGGGCUUGCUACAUCACGUUCACAGAAGUUGUGAACAUUGCGAGCCUGUUCGUCAUUUGACGUAGGGAAAGGAACAGAAAAAAAUAACGAAAACCUUCAUAUAAGCAAUUUUCGUUGUGCCGUUCUGGUGUAGCCCGGUUUCAACGGAUGAAAGAAAGUUGAAUACUUCUUAGAUGGAGAGCGAAAGGGAUGAAACGGAACCGCCGACCGGAUCUGCUACUGCAACGGAAGCAACUUUGGCCAGCCAGAACCAAAGUGCCCAUAAAGAGCUACUGCGAAUGCGAGGAGAAUUCAACCAACAGCGAGCUCGAAUGAAAGAGUUAUACCUUGCCAAAGAAAAUGAAUGCAAACGGCUUGCAAGCGAAUCGGCUAAUACGCGAAAAGAGCUCGAAGAAACUAAAGCACAGCUUAUGAUAAUGGAGUUUAGCAGGGAAAAGGAUGCGGAAGAACAGCGAAAUAAGGUCGAGGACGAGAACCGUACGCUGAAGCAACUGGUGAAUGAAACAUUGGACGAGUCGUCCAUAAUGCGCGAAUCGGUAAAACAGAUGAAUGAAGAAAAUUCCCGGCUCAUGGAUGAGAUUCGGCAGCUCAGGGAGGAGCUUGCGGAUAGCAACCAAAAGGUGUCGCCUAGCCUUGCUAAAACAGUGCAGCAAGCGAAGAAAAUAAUACUCAAGCUCGGUGCAGCCGAUUCAAAUAGCUGCGACAACCUGGAAGAUUCAAUGCGGAAGGUAAAGAAAUAUGCCCAGGAAGAUGCGGAAGUGCUGCGAUCAUUGGUAGUACCGCUGGAGGAAGAAAUCAAGUCACUAAAGGAAAAACUAAGGCUCGCAUUCGAAGAAAUCGAAACGUAUAAACGUGAACAAAAUACAGAUGGCGGACAAACGUCAGCCUUGAUAGGAAUGCUAAGCCCGGCCUGUCCAGUACAGGAGACACCAACGGCCAAUGAGCACAUAGUUUCACAGUCUUGCGAACGAUGCGCUACCUAUGAGGCGAAUUUAGCUCGCCAGCAGGAGGAAGAAAUAAAACGUACAACAUCAUGGGAAAAGAGCCUUGAGCGGCUGAAAGAACAAGUGGACAAAGAAGCGGCUCUGCGUGCCGAUCUCGAGGUGCAGUGGCACAAGAAGCGCGAAGAGCACAAGAACGAGGUACAGAAACUUACCGAAUGGUCCACUGAGACGGAACAAGCACUCGAGAAGCUCCGCCGAGAAUAUGGUCAGCUUAAGAUAGCCUUGCGGGAUGAGUUACAGAAACUAACACAAGAACGGGAGCACAUUUGCUAUAAAUUGAACAGCCUCCAGCAGGACAACGACUUUUUGUCCGGCAAGUAUAUUGCCAGCUCGGACGCAUUGAAGGACCAAGAAAUUAACUUUCCCCAGAGCAUUGAGGAACUACAAGAGCUAGUGUUGACGCUGCAUGAAAAUUUAAUCGUAACCAAGGCGGGAUGCGAAUUUGCCGAACGUAAAGCACGAAGCAUGCAAGAUGAGGUGGCACUACUGCAGGAGCAGCAGCGCUGCCGUGAUCGAGAGGCCAAAAAAGCGGAACAACAUUAUAUUCAAAAGCAGCACCAGCUGUUUGAUCAGUUACGCAAACAGGAACAAGAUUUCAACCGGCUUGAAAAAGCACGCGAAAAGUUAGAACAGACCGAUAUCGAACAGCAAAGGAAUAAUUCGGAUCUGCGUAUGCAGAUCAUCGACUUGCAAGGCUACACUGAACGGCUCGAACGGCAGAACAAUGACUUGCGCAGUAAAAUGAUGGUACUGCAGGAGGAUCUAGCAAACAACGAGGCCGUGCAGAAAGAUUUCGUCAAGCUGUCCCAAUCACUGCAGAUGCAGCUUGAAAAGAUCCGUUCGUCGGACACACAGGUGCGUUGGCAAGACGACGACGACGUCGAUCAGUGUCCAAACUGCAAAAAAGAGUUCACCGUUACGAGGCGUAAGCAGCACUGUCGACACUGUGGCACUAUCUACUGUCAACCGUGUUUGUCCAAAUCCGUACCUUCGGGGCCAAAUCGGAAAGCGGCUCGGGUGUGUGACGUUUGUCAUACGUUGUUAGUCCAGGACACGGCACCAUACUUUAGCCGAGAACCUCCACAAUCACCAUAAAUCGACCGAAGGAUCCUCAGUUUAAACGAUCACUGUGAUGAUUGAACGUUUGGUCAUUACAUCUGCGCCAUGUAAAGGGAUACAUCCAGGCGUUAGAUAUUUACUUUCGAUUCAGUACUACAGCCACUUUGAGAAUCUGUCGUCUCAUUACAAAUACGCCCAACAAACAUUUAACAGUGAAUUAUGCCGUGUGUAGUUGCAGAAUGGCUGAUUUAGUCAUGGGCAACAAUUUCGUAAUUACAAUAUUAUAUUUUAGAUGUAUUUUUUAUGUUUUAGACAGCACAUUCUUCUUCCUAUUUUGAAUACUGUACAUCUGGUAAUAUAUACGGCGUAUAGUGUAGCUUGUUUAAAGUGCAAUCUGGUGAUUUAUAGCGACCUGCUGCUAUUGUUGAAACCGAUGCUUAACUCAGACUUAACUUGGAUUAAUACGAUUACGUGUCAAAGACUAGACAUUUUAAGCAGAUAGUAAAGAGACGAAAGAAAACGUUUAGUUAAAGAUGACCAUUCCCUGGAUCGGACGCCUUUUUGAUUCGGUAACCUUUUCGUGUAUAGUUGUAUUUUCUUUGUUGAAAUUUAAAAACGAAUUAAUCUGUAGUAUGUUAUUUGAAAUAAAGAAUUACUCUUCUGCACGA